AUGGCUGAGGAUCUCGGUGAUAUCGAUAUCAAUCUUGAUACGAAUAUAAUUCGGGAGUGGAGAUCAAUCGUCACCCUCGUUGUUUUCGUCAUCACUAAUAUUAUUGUGCUUUUCCCCUUUCAUAUCCCAUUGUACAUCCCUCGGGCAAUUUCCAAUGCCAUACUAAAUGGUCUGGUUGCUUUGCGAGUGAUAGGCCCACGGCAACAAGGCUCUCAGUAUGAGGCUGACCUUAAUAAUGAUCACAACGAGGAGCAGCAUGGCAUAGCUAGGCAUUUUGUACGACUAAGGUUCCCUAUGAACUUUGUGACGGCGCCUCUGAUAGCAGAUCUCUUUCUGCUAGCUAUUCUAGCAAUUGGUCGAGAGGAGGUGUACGGUGGUACGAUUGGUGCUAAUCACAUCUCGCCCAUCGACAUCAUGGCCUUUUUCAUAACGCUGGCGUACAUCGCUAUCUCUAUCGACGCUUCUGGUCUUAUUAGAUACCUUGCAUUUAAGGUGCUCCAAAAAGGAGGGAAGUUUGGUCACAGGCUCUUUUUUUACCUGUACGCCUUCUUCUUUAGCCUGGGCACCUUUAUCGGUAACGACCCUAUCAUCCUAUCUGGCACGGCCUUUCUUGCGUACAUGACCAGGGUCUCGAGUAACAUCAUACAUCCUAGAGCGUGGAUUUUCGCCCAAUUUGCGGUAGCGAAUAUUGCAUCGGCGAUUUUAGUGUCGUCUAAUCCUACCAACCUUGUUCUCGCAGGCGCUUUCAAUAUUAGGUUCAUCGAUUAUACUGCCAACAUGAUCGUCCCUGUCGUUAUCACAGCGAUUGUACUUUUCCCCUUCCUCCUUUACAUCGUGUUCGCGGAUGAGACCCUUAUCCCCCUCUCAAUCCAGAUGCAUGAGCUCUCGGAGGAGGCAAAAGCUAGGAAACCCGUCAAUCCAAACAUUCCUCAUGCCAGGGGAAACGCCGAGGAACAGGAGGAUGACCCGACAAAUAGCGAGCAAAGCAAAUUGUUGUCUUUGGAAGAGAUCAUGAACCCUUUCUUGGAUAAAGGCGGUGCAGGUUUCGGAGCCCUCAUCAUGGCUGCAACACUUAUCACAAUCCUUGCGAUAAAUGCUGCGAGUCAGAGCACCGGUGAACACCCAGUCUUUUACGUGACUUUACCAGCCGCAUUCGUUAUGUUCUGUUGGGAUAUUGCAUUUGGAUGGAUUCAUCGCGAAGAGACGCGAAAGAUCGCCCGUGAUGGCCGACGUGAUAUCGAACGAGCUCGGGCUGAGCGACUUGCUAGGGAGCUUGAGGAACUGGAGGGGAUUACUUCAAGUCAAAACCAAGAACAAGAGCAAAAAAAUGGUGCCAAUACUCAACCUAGCACGUCACACAGCCGUUCGCUAGAUACCAAAUCGCAGAAUCAGAAUGACACUACCAGUGGUAUUAGAUCCCGCGCAAGCCUAGCCGGUUCAAAUACGGAUGUUGAGACUACUAUAGGAACCGAGAAAGCCAGUAUAAAGCCGCCGAGUGAAGAAGUUCAAUUACACGACGGCCGCUCUACUGACGCGACGAACACGCUUGUCGAAAAUCAGAGAUCAAUCCAUACGGACUCAUCUAAACCAUCUGAGGGCAUAUUAAGCGGAGAGUUAGGUGAAAAGAGCCGAGUGCCAUUCGAACGAGAGAUGGACGCAGAAAAGCAACCCCGUUACAACGUCGCGAUCCAUCAAGAAAAUGAGAGAGCGACGCUAGUAUCGCUAACUACAGACAGUUAUAGAUGGGCACAGGAGACAUUCCCAACGGCAGCGGUCGUUAUGAGCCAUUUACCUUUCGCACUCGUCCCCUUUGCCUUCUCUAUGUUUGUCCUCGUACAAGCUUUGGUUACGAAAGGUUGGGUACCCGUGUUUGCUUACGGUUGGGACCACUGGGUGAAUAAGACGGGAACGAUUGGCAGUGUUGGCGGGAUGGGAUUUCUUUCCGUAAUACUUUGCAACUUCGCGGGAACCAACAUUGGCACCACCAUCCUUCUCUCCCGCGUAAUACAGGCGUGGCAAAAGAUUCACCAAGCCAAUAACACACCAAUAUCUAACCGGACCUUUUGGGCUACGGUUUACAGCAUGGCACUUGGCGUCAACUACGGCGCAUUUAGCACAGCAUUCAGCGCAUCUUUAGCCGGCCUCCUCUGGCGCGAUAUCCUCGCCAGAAAGCAUAUCCGUGUCCGAAGACUCGAUUUCGCCCGUGUGAACCUUCCGAUCAUCACGAUUUCUAUGGUUGUCGGUUGUGCCAUUCUUGUUGGCCAGGUCUAUAUUAUUAGGCCUACUACCGCUUAUGACGCAUGA